GUUGCGUCCAUAAUGUCUUCUUUUUUUUCAAUUGCUAUACUUACAGUUACUUUGUCCAUAAUUUCAAUAGUUAACACGUUAAUAACAAAAUCUAAAUAUAUAGAUUCAUCGGACGCUCGUUUUAAUAGUUUAUUCAUAUCCAGUUUCGAUGAAAGAAACUUCAGAGGUAGUAAUCAAUGCAGAGGCGAUUGCGAUGAAAUUUUUUUGGAAAAAUACAACCUUCGUAAUAGCAAAAUACAUGGAAAAUAUUCCGGAAAACUUCAUGCAUGCGAGCCAAUCUUCACUGCUAUAAAAGUUCGCUGUCAAUUAUGUGCUUGUUUGUGUGAACGUACUUUUGAUCCGAACUUAGAAGUAUAUCAGGGAGAUUUACUUGAUUCGUUUUGUUUAGAUUCAGUUUCAGUAGAUCCUGGGUACGUUGCAACCGGAGUCAGAUUUAGAAGAUAUGAAAACAGAAUUCAUAUCGAACUUCAACAAGGGAAACUCAAAAAUUGGAAAUUAAUUGAAGAAACUAUCUCUUGGAAGUCUACAGAUAGCUGUAAAAAAUCACAAAAAAUUAUUGAUAAUGUCAAAAAUUGGUAUUAUGAAGGCUUCAAAGUUGCAUUGGGGAACUUUAUUUUACCUACGAAUGCAAUUAUUACAGGAAUAACUUUAAACAAGUUUGUGCGAGGAAAAUAUCUUGAUUUUAAUGGAAAUAUCGAUGAACAAAGUACGGAUGUAUAUGAACUGGUUCAAUAUGGAAACAGCACCCGAGCAAUGGAGCACUAUUACGCGAACCAACUGAUCAAUGAUAAUGCUUGGAAUUCCUCUGUACCGUGUAAUGGUUAUGUGGCUUUCAAGGGAACAUCAUUCAUGGAGGAUUAUAUGCAACACAUUAUACCGUUCGUAGACUUACACGAAAUUGUUACGAAUCCACCUCGGCCUAUUCGCGGAAUUGGGUGGUACCUUCAAAAGGGUUCUGACUUCCCACAACUUUCGUUGCAAAUUUUUUAA